AUGGCUACUAUUCGCAAGAAAUUAGUGAUAGUUGGGGAUGGCGCUUGCGGAAAGACGUGUCUUCUCAUCGUUUUCAGCAAAGAUCAGUUCCCUGAGGUCUAUGUACCCACCGUCUUCGAAAAUUACGUCGCUGACAUCGAGGUUGAUGGCAAGCACGUAGAGCUCGCUCUGUGGGAUACAGCCGGACAGGAGGAUUAUGAUCGUCUUCGGCCCUUAUCUUACCCCGACACCGACGUUAUCUUGAUGUGCUUUUCCAUCGACAGCACGGACAGCUUGGAAAAUCUUGCCGAGAAGUGGUGCCCCGAGGUAAAGCACUUCUGCCCAAAUGUCCCCAUUUUGGUGGUUGGGAACAAACGUGAUCUUCGUGAUGAUGAUGUUGCUAUUCAUGGCCUUACGAAAAUGCGGCAAGAGAUCGUGCAGCCGGAAAAUUGCAGAUUGAUGGCUGAGAAGCUAAAUGCUUAUGCCUACCUGGAAUGUUCUGCCAAGACAAAGGAGGGUGUACGAGAGGUCUUUGAGACAGCAGCUAGGGCGGCCCUGUACACAAAGCGAAAAGGCAAAAGGACGUGUGAUACGCUCUAG